UGCCCCUUGUUAGACUUCUGAACGCAAAAUAGCGUUGUAUUUCACUUUAGAUGCUGUCAUGCUAAACAUAAGCAGAAACGAGUCCACCUGAUAGCCGCACUCGCAGCACAUAAAAAGUGCCUUCCACGCUGCGUGAAGUUGUCGUUUGGGUGCUGGUUUUUUCUUUCCUGACAACAAACGCGAAGGAAGGAAAGAAGAAAACAAGAAAAGCAGAGAGAAAAGGCAGAAGGCCCGCCCCCGUUUUCAGCCCCGCCCUCUCCCGGUCUCGGCAGCGGCGGCGGCGUUUGGAGAGCUGGCGGUGCUGGUGCGGCGGUGCCUCGCCCUUUGCGCGCGCUCAGCGGCCGCCUUUUUGCAAGCGAGGCGCAGCGGCUCGGGGUGCUGCCGCCGCGACGCCUUUCCGCUCACUCUCGCAGAAGCAGCGGGACGAGGAGGAGAAUGCUCCCGGUGGUCGUGCAGCUGCUCCGGGGCGGCAGGGGAGGGAGAUGGCAGCUGCCGCUGCCGCCGCCGCCGCAACAGCAGCCCUUGACGCUCCUCGUCCCUCGUCCACCAACCGGCGGAGGGCAAAGUCAAGGCGGCUCUUUUCUCCAGACGGACCAGCUGCAGAUGCUGUGUCUGAGGCCAACUGGAAUCCCAAGACACCACCAAAGAGCCCUUUAUAGCACACUAGUGCCAUCUGAUGAAAUAACUAUUAAUUAUAAGCAUGGACUACCUGUGAUAACCCUUACAUUACCCUCCAGAAAGGAACGCUGCCAGUUCACCAUCAAGCCAAUGCUAAUGACUGUGGGAGCUUUCCUGCAGGACAUACAGAGAGAAGAUAAAGCCAUUGAAAAGGUAGAAGUCUUCACACCAGAUGGCAGCGCAAUCUCAGCUUCAACUCUGAUGGAAGUUUUGCUGAUGAAUGACUUUAAACUUGUCAUCAAUGGUGCAGAAUACAGCAUAAAUCCUCCGCUGAAAGAUAAAAUAAGCACAGAGCAUGCUACAGAAAUGGAUGACAUCAAGUCCAUGGUGUACAGAUUAUUUACAGCCCUUCAUUUAGAAGACCAUCAGAUAACCAGAGAGAGAGAACUAAUGCAAAAAAUAGAACUCUUGAAAGAAGAACUUCUGCCUCUAGAGCAGAUGAAGGCUGGAAUUUCAGCACAUGUUGAUGCUAAGACUUCUCGUCUCUUAUGGAUUGGCUUAGCCUUAAUGUCAGCUCAAGGUGGAGCCCUGGCUUGGCUAACGUGGUGGGUCUAUUCAUGGGAUAUAAUGGAGCCCGUUACUUACUUCAUCACCUAUGGAAGUGCCAUGGCAUUCUAUGCGUACUUUGUGCUUACUAAACAGGAUUAUGUUUACCCAGAUGCUCGGGACAGGCAGUUCCUCCACUACUUUCACCGGAAAGCCAAAACCCAGAGCUUCAGUGUGGAUCAGUAUAACAAACUAAAAGAAGAUCUUGCAGAGGUGGAAGAAUCCUUGAAACGGCUCAGGAACCCCCUGCAAUUGCGCCUACCAGUCCAAGAAAUAAGUGGCAAACAUUAACUUUUGAUAUACUAUAUGUAUUAGCCUUGUUCAAUUGCCUCAGAAGUUUAGAAACUGCUUAUUUUGGACCAACAUAGGAGGUGUUUUAUUGUUUGUUUUAAAGGGGUUGGGAAACCUACAAAAAUGCCUGACGGAAACCUAUUUCUGAUAACUGGGAUUUCUUUUUCAUAAUUUACAGAAAUUAUGUAGGACUCUCUAUGUAUAUAACUUCUUAACAUGGUUCAAAAUAAAAGAUGUACAAACAGCAGCUAACCUUGGAUUAUUAAUCUGUCCUUGAUGAAGUAAGAGACAAUAAAUGCAAUUUUUUUUAAAAAGUU